UUGGCACAGAGAGAAAUCCUAGAGCGCCCUUUGUUUUCUUCCGAGGCGCGUUCGCAGAACUCGAGUCGGCUAAAAAGCAGCCGGGAGAAAUGGAUCCUAAGUUGCAUGAUGUUCGUAAUACAGUGAAAGAAGCAAUUAGCACCCUACAUUCUUCCAGAGAUAGUGCCCAUGUCCAGGAGACUUUGUGGGCAGUCAGGAGGUAUCUUGAUGAAUCUGAAAAUCCACCCUCCAUAAAACAGAAGGAAGAAUUUAUCCGCAAUCAUUUUACUGUCUUGGUUCAGUCUCUGCUCAGCAACCUGAGUCCUGAUUGGCCAGAGCAGUUUCCAUCAGAGGAAGCCAAAGAACUGUGGGCUAGCUUCUUCAUUGAUGGACCAGCAGAUCAAUCUUUUAUGGCUUUACUGGAUGCUAUAAUUUCUGCAGAGCCAAGUUUUCGUCUGAAUAAAGCAGUUGAUACCCUAGAGCAAUUCUUGCAGAAGUCCAGACUCUCUGCUUUAAUAUGGGAAAUCUGCAAGCAGCAUACAGAAGGCGGUUCUCUGGUUUUGCGCGAAGCAAUUCUCAACAAAGUUGUAUGUUUACCUGAUCACUUAGGGAACAAACUCCAGGAAGUCAACCGACCAGUCUUCUACCCUCAAAAUUAUUUUCCAUUGCUUGGCAUGGAAAUUAUCCAGGUGAUGGAAAGAAUUUCUGGCUCACUACGUGAUGGUUUGGAUUGUUCCAUUUCCUUUGUAUCUCAAGUGUUAGGAAAGGUCUGUGUGCAUGGAAGACAAAAAGAAAUCUUGAGCGCGUUGGUGCCUCACCUAACCAAUUACACUCAGUCUGAUUGCAUCUGGCAGAGAAUCUGUUGGCGACUAUUUGAGAGCUUGCCCGAUCGCUGGAUGGAAGCAGUGGUCUGUGGCUUGGUCCAGGCAGUCCCAGGGCCCGUUGUGUUGUCGCGAUUGCUGGGGAAUUUGGUGGUCAAAAACAAGAAGGCCCAGUUUGUCAUCACACAAAAACUGUUGCUGCUUCAGUACAGCUUUCCGACCAAGGUGCUGCAGACUCUCCUUGGCUACCUUGCCCUGGAUACCACCCGUCGUUCCUUGCUGACCAAAAUUCUGAGAGAGCUGCUGGAGACCUGGAGUAGCAGCAGUGCCGUGAAACACUCCCCAGCCGAGCAGCAGCUCUACAUUAGCAAGGCCAUCCUCCUCUGUCUCUCUCACCUGGAAGAAGAAGACCUCUCAGCCAGCCGACAAGAGCUCUUUACCAGCCUGAUGGAGGGAAUGAAAUGCCACCUGGACAGUAAUUUGCCCCGGAUCCGUCGGAUGGGCAUGGUCGUAGCAGAAUCUGUCAGCGCCAAGAUAACGCCGGAAGGGCCCGCGUUGGUGUUCCAGUAUGAAGAAGAUGAUGAGAUUAAAGAGCUGAAAUCCUUGCUGACCCAAAGACUGGAAGAGGCGCUAGACCCCAAGCCCCCAGACACUGGUUGCAGGGACAGCACAUCCAACCUGACCUCCAGCGCGCUUCUACCUUCCAGUGUGACACCAGCAGAUUUGGAUGCCUCUGAAGACCCCGAAAAGGGAGUUGAUUCAGAGCUUGAUAGCGAUGACGACCUCGUCCCUUAUGACAUGUCACAGGAUAAAGAGCUGAAGAAAACCAGAGCUCCCACCUACAUCAGGGACUGUUUUGAAAUUCUGACGGGACCGGAAGAUGCCGAAAAAUACGAAGCCACUUUGGGUGUCUUGGAAACUCUGAUCCGGAGGGACACAGCCACCACUCAAGAGAUGAGCGUGGAACUGGCAAAAGUCUUGCUCCACUUGGAAGAGAAGAGCUACAUCGAAGGGUUCGCGGGGCUUCGGCAAGGUGCCUUGGUGGCUGUUACUGUCGCAGACCCCAUCCGAGUGGCCAAAUAUUUAACUUCAGAAUUCUACUCCCUGAAUUACAGUCUGCGUCAGCGGAUGGACAUCCUGGAUGUGUUGGCCGUGUCUGCCCAGGAAUUGUCUCGACCGGCUUCAUCUCCCUCAAAACCAAAUGCCAGUCACCCCAGGAUCCAAAUCAUCUCUCAUAACUCUUCUUCUCCAGACUGGAAGAAAGUGGUGGAGGAGAGGAUUAGAAGCAAGACCCGAAGGUUUGCAAAGGGCCGGUUCCAAGCAGAACAGUUGGGCACUCCUAACCAGUUUGCUCCAAUUGCUGGCCAUUUCUUCUUCCCACUUCUUCGGAACUUUGACAGGCCUCUGACCACCUUUGACCUUCUGGGGGACGAUCACCUGGUCCUAGGACGACUGGUGCACACGUUGGCGAUUCUCAUGUACUUUGCUCUCCAUGCUGCGAUAACGCCUGCAAUGGGGAAGGCGUUGCUGGAGUUUGUCUGGGCUCUGCGUUUCCACACCGACACAUACGUACGGCAUGGCCUCCUGUCUUCAGUCUCCUCCAUACUCCUCAGUGUACCUGCUGAGUACCUUCUGGAUGACAUGACGGAGGAAAUUCUAGAGACUCAAGCCUGGCUGGCAGAUGUCGCCGAGAAGGACCCAGAUGGGGACUGCAGAAAUUUAGCGAUGCAGAAUCUGCUCCUGAUGGAAAACUUGAAGAAAAAAAAGCUUGAAACGGCUCCUCUGGCGUUAUAAGACCGCUUGCUCCUAAAGAUACUCUCUAAAAAGCCAGGUGGCUGCAAAUGUCCCCAGGCCUUUACGAGAAAGGAACAAAAGAGCACGGAGCUGGAAAGGAGAGAGAUCUGGGCUCCGUGUGGCACUUACAACCUGUUGUGGCUAACCGACAUGUAAAUUUGGUCCUAGUUAUUUAAUGGUCUUGGCCAAUUUACUGAAAGUCCAAAGCAAAGUUUUAGAACUGCAGGACAUUUUUCCAGAGGGGG